ACAGCAGUUUGCACUGAUUCUCAAAACCACUUGCAGAAAUCUUCUAAAAACCAGGGGAAAAAGAAUUACACCCAAAAUAUACCAAAAAAUGUUCUCAGAGAUCCAAAAAGUAACGGAUAAGGCCAUGGUAUUUCUACAGCAGAAAGCACUUUCUGCUUUGUAUAUUCCAAAGCAAAAGCUACAUAUGGCUAUGAGCAACACCAAUUCUCCUAAAGUGCAGCUUCUUUAUGAUCUCUGCAAAUCCACUUUUACACCUUCCGGCUUGUCUUCUGCUCCUCCUCAGCCCGUCCACAAACUCUGCUCUCUUCUGGACACAAUUGUCCCUGCUGAUGUUGGAGUUAAAGAGGAAAGUCCAAACGAUGAUCGGGGGCAUGGAUUUUUUGGACUGAAUAGAGUGGCUCGAUGGGCUCAACCAAUAACCUAUGUGGACGUUCAUGAAUGUGAUAGUUUUACGAUGUGUAUAUUCUGCUUUCCUACUUCUGCUGUUAUUCCAUUGCAUGACCAUCCUGGGAUGACUGUAUUCAGCAAAGUUCUUUACGGGUCAAUGCACGUGAAGGCUUAUGAUUGGGUUGAACCAGCAUGCAUUAAGGAACGCCAGGAGCCAGGUUGCCCUCAAGUAAGGUUAGCAAGAUUGGUGUCCGAUAAAGUUUUAACUGCACCAUGCGGAACCUCCGUUUUGUACCAGAAAAGUGGGGGAAAUCUGCACUGCUUUACCGCUGUCACCCCUUGUGCAGUGCUCGAUGUACUUGCUCCUCCUUACAGAGAAGAUCUAGGUCGAAAAUGCACUUACUAUGUCGACUAUCCGUAUUCCACCUUUGGAAAUGGAGCUCGGAUAAGCAACGGAAAGGAAGAGGAGUAUGCAUGGCUUGCAGAAAUCGAAACACCGGACGAUCUAUACAUGCGAUCAGGUGUAUAUGUCGGCCCAUCUAUUCGGGUUUAGCUUUCCGUGCGGCAACUCUUCGGCAGCGAUUGGUAGAUAGUAUGAUGUUAGAUCAGUUCUUUGGCCUGAAACCCAUGGAAAGCUCUGAGAAGACAGCCAUGGCCUUAACCAUUAACCACAUGCAAAUAAGAAAUGCUCAUUCAAUGAGGUCAAAACUGUAACCUUAAAAGUUGUACAAUCUCAAAAUUUCUCAGUAGGCUGUAUGAUCAGUGAUCUUCACCUUUCAC